UUACAAGAUGGCCAUAGUGUUUUUCAGAAAAAAUAAACUAUUGUGGUCAGAAGAUUUUAGUUAACAUUAAUAUUAUACAAUAAAAAAUCAAUUAAAAUUCUUUUUUAUUUAUUCAAAAAUUUUAUAUCAUCGAAUAAUAAUUAAAAUAUUUAUUAUUACGUAAGUGAAGAAAAAAUCUAAGAAAUAGUGAAAUCAUUGGUGUAAACUUUCUAUCCAGCGUGAAACAAAUCUAUUGCAAAUGAAACUGUCAAACUUAUUAAGAUAAAAUUUACUCAUAUAAUAAAAUCAUCAUUAAGUUUGUUGUUGUAUGAUUAAAUUCAGUCUACAAAAUUUAAAAAACACAUUAGGUUUUUCAUGAUACCAGUAAAAUAACAUUAAUAUUUAUAGUCGACUGACUAGUUAUUCAAUAAUACAAUACUCAAAAAACAUUCAAUCAUUUCACUAAACAAUUAUAAUCAGAGGAAAGAAUCCAAGCUCUUCAGGGUUAUUAUACUUAAUUGGCUGGAGGAUAAAUGAUCUAACUCUUCUACGUUGUUUAAGAUAAGACUUAUAAUCAGAUUAUUUCAAUCUGAAUUAUUUAUGCAUUUGGAUUUCAGUUUAAAUAUAUUUGUAUGUACAAGUCACGUUUUCAUUUAAAUCUUUUGUACACAAUUGAAAGAACUAUUAAUAAAUCAACGGAUGUAUUAUUUGAAAUCAAGGCAUUUAAAUGAUAUCGCGAAUAUUCCGUGGAGAACAUGAGAAUACUGCUGUUAAAAGAAAACGUCAAAUUGAUACACUUAAAAUUUUUAACGACAAUGUAGUGGAGUUGAGAGAAGAUGCUGAAUAUCAAGUACAAUUUGAUGCUGGCGAUAAAAGGAUGGCUAUUAUGGUGUCACUAACUCCUGAUUUUCCUUUGGAAAAACCUAUCCUGAGGGUAUCUCCCCCUGUGUCACACUCAUGGUGUAAUGAACAUAGUGAAAUUACUCGUGCCCCAGGAUUACUUAACUUCACAAUGCAUAGCGAUCUCGGACGUGUGGUACAAGCGAUAAUUCGGGAAUUUAGUAAAAACCCACCUCAAGUGAUUGAUGAAAUUUCAUUAGCUUCAAAUUUAAAAUCUCUAGAAUUGCAAGAUAAUGCGUCAACCUAUGGAUUACAACAAUUGCCUGAAUUACAAUCAAUGUUAUAUAACUCUUAUUAUAAUUCUCAAUAUCCAACGUUUCCACCUAGUUCGAAUAUUUAUAAAUAUAAUUAUGUGAACUCAAGUGCAUCAAAUGAAGAAACAACGUCAUUUGCAUCAACUUCACACCGUCCAACAUAUAGUAAUAGUCCUGGUCAAUCAACUGGAAGUGUGAGUCCCGUUCAAUACUCUAGUGAUCGUCCAACGCCCGCUUACAUUAAUUCGCAUUAUGGAAAUUCAAACUAUGGUCCAUCUGCAUCUAACUCGUCAAUGCAUCCUGUGAAUAGUUUUGAAUUUCCGGAAUUGAAUAAUUUAAGUAAUGAGGAACUUAUUGAACUUAGAAAUGACCAAGAAAGUCUUGAUGAUUUUCUUUAUGAACAUUCCGAAAAAAUAAAAAACAUUAACUCGUUGAUCGAUGAAACGAUAGAUGAUGUUGAAAAAUUAGCAUCUGAUAAUUUAUCCAAAGAGACUGAAUUAAAAGCACUCCGAGAUGAAGUGGCAUCGAAAAUUAAUACUGUAUCGGAGUUGAAAGCACGUUACGAUAAUUUAAUUCAGCAAUACAAUAAAUUGUCACAAGUUUUCACUCCUGAUCAUAUAAAGGAAUGUCUCAAGCGAGCAGCUGAUGAAAGCCAUGAACAAAGUGAGAAAAUAGCGGAAAGUUUUUUAGAACAAAAAAUUGAUGUUGAACGUUUUUUAAGUACCUAUAUUGAGUGUCGAAAACUAGGCCAAGCGAGACGGACAAAAGAAGAAAAACUAGCUCAUCAAUUGAAUGAAUUGAAGCGAGCUGGUUAUUAAAUAUAUCUUAUUUUUUAAUUACAAUAACGAAAAUGUAAACAAAAUGUAAAUAAUGAAUUAAUAAUUCGUGAUAAUAUAAAUACAAUUUAAAAUUUUCCGCUAACCAAUUUGACAUCAAUUUAAGCAAGGUUUAAUAAAUUACUUUGCUGCUUUUCAGUGCUUGUUUGUCGAUCAAACAUAUGUUGUAUACAUAUGUUAACUAAUUUAUUUAUUGCAUGAAUUUAAAUAUAAAUAUGAUAAUGAAUUUAAAAUUAUUUAUUUGCAAAGAAAGAUAAUUCAGCGAUAUAAAUUUUUACCAUGUAAAUAAUAGCAGAUGAUAUAUAUAAAAAUAUAUCUAGAGAUAUAAGAAGAUAUUUAAUUGAAUGUGUUAUAAUAAAUUUGAGGCUUGAUAAAGCAUGAAAUUCAAUCAUGAAUGUUCCUAUGAUGUUGGAGAAUAAUAAAUGUUUUAAAGUUAUUAUCUACAGGAUUAUAAAUUCGAAAUUAAAAUAUUUUAUUUUAUAUAUUUUAUUCGGGGGAAUAUCUAGAAACUACACAUCUUCGAUAUUUUCAUAUGUCAACUGCCACAUUUGUUUUGUCUGUUUGAAGAAAAAUUAUAUUAAUACAUAGUUGUAUAAUACUAGAUUUAUGAAAAUAUAAAAAAGUAUUUAUACUAAAAAA